UUUGAAGGUGCAGAAAUUAAACUUGAUCGAAAAGUUGGCAUAUUUGUUACAAUGAAUCCCGGCUACGCUGGCAGAACUGAGUUGCCAGAAUCCGUUAAAGCACUUUUCCGUCCAGUAACUUGUAUUAAGCCGGAUUUGGAAUUGAUUUGCUUAAUAUCACUUUUUUCUGAUGGUUUUCUAACAGCAAAAGUUUUGGCUAAGAAAAUGACUGUGCUCUAUAAGCUGGCUGAGGAGCAAUUAUCCAAACAGUGCCAUUAUGAUUGGGGCUUACGUUCAUUAAACUCUGUACUACGUAUGGCGGGUGUGAUGAAACGUAAAUCGGAAGAGUUGCCCGAAGCUGUUGUACUUAUGCGUGUACUGCGUGAUAUGAACUUUCCCAAAUUUGUGUUUGAAGAUGUGCCAUUGUUUUUGGGUCUCAUUCGA